AUGUCAGAAUUAACUAAUACAGAUUUGAAUAAUACUUUACCAUUAAUUGCAAAAGGUAAAGUUAGAGAUAUUUAUCAAAUUGAUCCAUCAACUUUAUUAUUUGUUGCUACUGAUAGAAUUUCUGCUUAUGAUGUUAUAAUGUCAAACGGUAUACCUGAAAAAGGUAAAUUAUUAACUAAAUUAUCUGAGUUUUGGUUUAAUUUCUUACCUAUUGAAAAUCAUUUAAUUAAAACUGAUAAUAUUUUUGAAUCUUACCCAAAUUUAAAACCUUUUGAAUCUCAAUUAAAAGACCGUUCUUUAUUAGUACGUAAAUUGAAAUUAAUACCAUUAGAAGUUAUAGUUAGAGGUUAUAUUACUGGUUCAGCAUGGAAAGAAUAUAAAAAAAGUAAAACUGUACAUGGUAUAAAAGUUGAAGAAGAUUUACAAGAAUCUCAAGAAUUUUCAAAACCUAUCUUUACCCCAUCUACAAAAGCUGAACAAGGUGAACAUGAUGAAAAUAUAAGUCCUGAGCAAGCAGCUACAAUUGUUGGUCAAGAUUUAUGUGAUAAAUUGGAAAAAAUUUCAAUUGAUUUAUACUCAAAAGCUAAAGAAUAUGCUAAAACAAAGGGAAUUAUAAUUGCUGAUACAAAGUUUGAAUUUGGUUUAGAUGAAAAUGAUAAUAUUGUUUUAGUUGAUGAAGUUUUAACACCUGAUUCUUCAAGAUUUUGGAGUUUGGAAAAUUAUAAAAUUGGUCAAUCACAAGAUUCUUAUGAUAAACAAUUUUUAAGAGAUUGGUUAACUAAAAAUAAUUUAAAUGGUAAAGAUGGUGUUGCAAUGGAUCAAGAAAUUGUUGACAAAACGAAAGAAAAAUACAUUGAAGCUUAUGAACAAAUUACUGGUGAAAAAUGGUAA